AUGCGCGCGCACCGCACGCCCGCACGACCCCACCGACCCCCGCCAACCCCCGCCGACCCCUCUCGCACCCCCGCCCCGGGUCUGAUCCGUGCAACACGGCCUGUGAUGGUGUAUCAUAAUCGAGUCAUUUUAAUCGUCGGUCUGUAUGUAAAUCGUAGACAGGGAGCGGAGGCAGCAAAUUUUCCGUUACAUUGUCACGUGAGGUCCGGAAGGCCGAGUCUCUCGUGUUUAUUUUCGGCAGCGGGCGCGGGCCGCCGGUCGCCAUGGCAACGCUCCCCGACCUCUCCCGACGACGCCCGAUCCCUGAAAAACCUGGCCGAUUUGGGGAGAAGUCUUGACGGAUUACCUGAACCCGUGAUGCUAUGCAAGCCUUAA